CUGCAAACCACACAAAAUACAAAACUUUUGAACAGUCAACAUUGAUAUAAUAUACAAACAUUCAACUAUAUCAAAAUGGCUCAAUUCAUAGGAAAAUGGCAGGCUGGCAAAGGUUCAAUGUCCAAUUUUGAAGCAUUUGGUAAAGCUAUGGGCCUUCCUGCUGAAAUACUUGAAAAGUUUGGAGACUCCACCUGGACUGCUACGUUCAGUAAAGAUGGAGACACGUGGUCAGUUGAAUUCGGUUCAUCUGUUUCUCCGACAAGGACGUACAGUUACCAAGAAGGAAAGGAACUAGUAACAACAAAUAUGUUUGGAAAAGGUCUUAAGUUAACAGCUACGUUUGAUUCGGACACUAAAAUGACAGUAAUGGAACAGACUGAAGGCGAAAAUGGUUGAAAAAGCCUGAAAGCAGUCCGAGAAAUAAAGGGAGACAAGAUGAUAUCUACUGUUCAGGAACUUGAAAGUGGAGUAUCGAUGACCCAAGAAUUCACAAGAUGUUGAUUGAUGAAAUUUUGUUAAAGCUACGGAUAAACAAUUAUUGAAAUUAACAAUACAGAUCUAGGCAAAUACUUACAUGUAGAACGUGCAUGUUAUAACAUUUGACACAACAAUUUCCUAGAUGUGAUUUCAAUUACUAACUAGUAACUAGAUAAUUUGAAAUUGAAAGGAAUGUCAUUUAAGAGUCGGCUGCUGAAUUACGUAUCAGUAUGACUUUAAAGCAAACAUACGUCUUUGAAUGAUAGCGAUCGAUAUGUUGUUAAUAUAUCCUAGACAAUGGUUACACUGCACGCAAUUUAAAUAAAAUACAUUAGCAACUGUU